AACUUUCAUAUGAUCAAUUCCUUAAUGCUGCCAUAGCAAACAAUUGCUGUAAAGAUAUUAUAAUUGAAUUAUUUAAAAUACUUACUAAGAAUAGUGUAAAAUUACGCCGAUUUAAUAUUUAUAACCGUCUUAAUCAUCAUCCUGAAAACCUAGAUAAUUUAGGAUAUUCUGUUCUUCCACAUUUUUCUGAAUGCAUAUCUAUAUUUAGUAGACUGAAUUAUUUUAAUUGCAGUUAUCAAUGGCCUAUGGAAAAAACACAACUUUUUAAUGCAAUAGCGGAGGAAUGUCAUAAUAUUGAAAACCUUAAAAUUAGUAUUUAUUAUGAGAAUGAAGGGAUAGCUUUGGCGGCUCUUAUUCGUUCACAAAAACGUUUAAAAAAGUUCUCACUGAUUAAUAGUAAUAAUUUUGCAUCAUUUCCUGUCCAAGCUCUUAUGAAUCAAACACACUCGCUUAAAAGUCUAGCAUUUGAAGACAUGCAUUGUGAUCGGAACUUAAGCAAGACAAAAUUUUUUAAAUAUGCUAUUUGUCAAUUAACUAGCAGUGCUAUCAAUGUUAUAACUCAGUGUAUAAAAAUCAACAAAUUGAAGUUUGAUCACUGUGAAGGUCUCAACUCCACCGCAUUUUUUCCUCUCGCUACUGCCUUCUCAAACUUAACAUCUUUAGAAUAUUCUUAUGGUGCUUAUAAAAUUUAUGAUAGAGCAACCCCUAUUAUAUUAUUAUCUGGUCUCAUUAUGGCAAAUUGCAAUACACUUAAAAGAAUUAUACUUGAUUGGCAUUCUCGUAAUUUUCUUGAUAUUACUCAGCUUGUCAAAAUUAUUGCACAACAGGUUAUAAGCCUAGAACAUUUAAAAAUUCCAAUCUACACAUUAGAACAGCUUGCUCUAAUUCACAGAACUCAUAAUAAUUUAAGGAAUCUUGAAAUUCAUAUGGAUAGAACAAUAAAUCCAUAUUGUGCACUUUCUCUUUUUGCAAAUGCUUCACUCAAAAGCAUUGAACAUUCAAUUAAAUUGCAUUUCGAUUAUAAUGAAAUUUCCAAACUAAAAUUCAACAUAUCAAAUCAGAUCUUUGAAUCCAUUUUUUACAAAAGUAAUCGUGUUGUUGAUUUUGUUUUAUGUCUGCAAUCAAUGUCUUGA